GGCAGCUCGAAAGGGUCAUUUGGGUGCCAGUGAGCCCGUAGCGCGAAGGGAACAAUGAUGUCGGAGCAGGAGGCUGUGAAGAGGAACCGCGGAGGAGUGCAGCGUGUGGAGGGGAAACUCCGCGCCAGUGUGGAGAGAGGAGACUACUACGAAGCCCAUCAAAUGUACCGGACCUUAUUCUUUAGGUAUACAUCUCAGUCCAAGCAUGCAGAAGCCCGGGAGCUGAUGUACAACGGAGCGGUGCUUUUCUUUAGUUAUAACCAGCAAAACAGCGCCGCGGAUCUGUCCAUGCUGGUGCUGGAGGCUUUGGAGAAGUCCGAGGCCAAGGUGGAAGAGGACAUACUGGAGCAACUGGUCAAGCUGUUCAGCAUGAUGGAUCCGAACUCUCCCGAGAGGGUGGCUUUUGUCUCGCGGGCGCUGAAGUGGUCGACGGGCGGCUCGGGGAAGCUCGGACACCCCAAAUUACACCAGCUGCUGGCUGUCACGCUGUGGAAAGAGCAAAACUACAGCGAGUCUCGCUACCACUUCCUGCACUCCUCAGACGGCGAGGGCUGCGCUCAGAUGCUGGUCGAGUACUCGGCCGCCCGCGGCUUCCGCAGCGAAGUCGACAUGUUCGUGGCUCAGGCCGUCUUACAGUUCCUCUGUCUAAAGAACAAAACGAGCGCCUCGGUGGUGUUCACCACGUACACACAGAAGCACCCGUCCAUAGAGAAGGGCCCUCCGUUUGUGCAGCCGCUCCUCAACUUCCUCUGGUUCCUCCUGCUGGCGGUGGACGGUGGGAAGCUGACAGUCUUUACAGUAUUAUGUGAACAGUAUCAGCCGUCGCUGAAGAGGGACCCCAUGUACAACGAGUACCUGGACAGAAUAGGACAGCUGUUCUUCGGCGUUCCACCCAAACAGUCCUCAUCGUACGGUGGCCUGCUAGGGAAUCUGCUGAACAGUCUGAUGGGGUCGGGUGAGGAAGAGGAGGGUGAGGAAGUUCGUGAGGACAGCAGCCCCAUCGAGCUGGACUGAACAUCGCACACCUCCAAACGCAACCUCUCAGUUAGAGAAAACGACACAGAACUGAAUCAAACUCAAGUUUUGUUUUUUUUUUCUUUUUUGUUUUUUUCUUUUGACCACAUGUCCUGGAAAAUGUAGCUGCAGUUUUUGUUUUAUUUUUUAUUUCUUUGCUCCUCUGUGUAGUUUUCAGAAGAGGUGAUUGAUGCAGCUUCUGGAUUACUACUACACCACCCACACCACCACUACCACCACCACCACCACCACCUCUCAACGAGAAUAAACUAACGAAUCAAUAAACUGCCGUAAAAUGGAAGAACAUCUGAAGCGUAAUCAUGACAGCCCGCUUUACGUUCAGCCAGAACCGAACACAUCGUUGUUGUUGUUGUUGUUGUUGUUUUUUGUUAAUGAAUAGUGAUGCAUCGAUACUGAGACGGGUCUCAGGUUUCAGCCUGAUACUGUUCUCAUUUUACUGACAGCAGCUGAUGCUGUGUGACGUGAGCCGAGUGUGUGUCAGUGUCGCAGUGAUGAACAGACGACAGGAAACGACAGCGAUUAACGAUCAAAGCAAACUGUGAAAAUAUUAACUACUGCAUCUUCCGCCAAUAUGAGUGAUGAAACAUCGUUAUAGCGUUUAAACGGUGUGUGUGUGUGUGUGUGAUAGAGGACGGGUGUUCGAAUGCCGUGAAUCGCGCACGCAUAAAGAUAUUCACGAGCUUAGAGCAGUGACGCAAAUGUGCCGAGAAACUGUCACGUGAGAGAGCGAGCAGUUCAGUUCAGCGAGCACUGAGACACGCCCCCUUCCGUUCGACACUUCGAGGUGCAGUUAAGCUAAAUAAAGUGUUCCGCGACAUCCGUGAUUAAUACUAAAGGCCUGGUUUGUACCCGACACGUGACUUUCACACGCUCGCCUGCGUACGUCACGUACUUUAUCUAGAGAAGUAAACGCGAUUAGAGCCAGAACGUCCCCGUGCAUCAGGUUUCCAAGCUGAACUGUAAAACGUUUUUAACGCACUCGACGUUAAACACACAGACGAGCGCCGUUUCUCUGUCGUCACGGGCUGCGUCUCGGCUCAAAAACUCUGACCUUGCUUUCAAAAAUAUUUGCUAAUCUGGAAAAUCGGGAAUUCUGGUACGCAUAACAGCUUUUGGUCACUCAGAAUGAGACAGUUUUAAAAUUGUAAUCGUCUGAAAUAGUAAAGGAGUGACGUGAUUUGAGACACAAGGCUAGUUUGUUUAUUCAGCUGCGUACACAGUGUCACGUGGCGCUGUACUGCCCCCACUGGACGUCUCGGUAUUGCACCACACAGACGUGUAGCGGUGAUUUCUGUCGUUUCGGGGACGUGGCGCAGGAUACACGCGGCGGCCAUCUUGUGUAGAUAAAAGCAAGCGGAAUCAUUUCGGUAUCAGGAUCAGUACUAGUGAGUACCGGUACCAAAAAAAAAAACGUACUCUGUCUAGAAAAAAAAAAGUCAUCGAUGCAUCCCUAAUUAAUAAUAUUUAUAAGAUUAAAGUCUAAGAAUUCUAUUCAGAGCUAACACACGCUGAGAAUCCUCCUCGCAGUAGUGUGUGUGAAGACGUCCCGCCUUCCAGAGAAGUGUUUGCUGUGUGUGUUUUUACAUUCUGAACAAACUUCACCACUACUCCUGUUAUUGCGUGUGUGUGUGUGUGUGUGUGUGUGUGUGUGUGUGUGUGUGUGUGCGUGCACGCAUGUGUGUGAGAUGUCUGAGUGGGAUGUCGAGAUUUAUUUAAGUUUGUUGUCCAUAAUCUGAAGCAGAUGCUUUGACUUUUUGCAAGAGCUCAAUAAAUAAAAAGGACAGGGGCGAAA